AAAGAUUGUUUUUGAUCAAGCGAUACACAGGAAAACCUUUUUGCGUAACCUUAAGGUGAAGAAUUGUUGAUAAACUGUACCAAAUGCAAAGCCUCUGACUGUUUAAGAAAAUGCCACCUAAAAGAUAUACGAUUAACAAGCCAAAUGUGAAAGAUACCACCCUAAAAACAAAGUCUAAUAAAGCAGCGCAAAUGUUUCUACUCCAGAGAGAGAAGUCUCGGCUCAUUUCAAGCAUACAAAAAAUGAAAAAGGAUUUAUAUGAAAUAAGAGCUGCUCUAAAACAACGAGAAUUCCAAGCCCUGCAGGAACCAGGAAAAAAGGAGGAAAAGUUUGUGGAAUAUUCCAAGAAUGUUGAUAUUUGGUCCAAAUCCUUUGGCAUAGCCAUUGACCAAGCAGUAUAUACAAAACAUGAAUCCAGAAAGUGGCACAUUGAAGCAAGUGGAGCAAGCUUGAAAUUUGUGGUGGACAUAUACUGUGCAACCAAUGAAACGACCAAAAAGGGUUUUAUAAAAGAACUUUUCAUUGAGACCACUGAACCAUGCAAACAAGAGCUCCAACCAUGGUUCGAUAGACUUGACUGCAACGCUGAACAAAUAUUCAAAGUUUUAAAGGUAUAUGACGAAAUGAAUAAGGAAAGAGAGUCUGGGCUCAGAGUUUGCAAGGAGGAAUUUGGUUCCAUAAUUACUGUUUAUCACCUGAAACCUUCCGGAGAGACAGUCGUUGAACUCGGGAAUCAGGAUGCUUAUUAUUUUCAGAUCAAAUGGAAGCUUACCCCAUCUAUUAAACAUAUUGCCAAAGUGAAAAAUGUUUGUCGCAUUGCAUGUACUGAAGACGGUGACAAGUAUAUCAAGGCAAACACUGACCUAUCCAGUAUCAAGAGAAAAUUAGGUGAAUCGCCUAUAGACGUUAUUCAGCUAUUGGCCAGGGGUAUCGCCAAAGGGGACACAUAAAAAAAUGUUUGAACACCAAAUAACACUGAAAACGGGAGGCGAUGGAAUUCAUCUUUGCUUUUGUACUUACAAAUCGUGCUUAUUUCACUGUGACACUGAUGAUCGAUAUGUCGUUAUAUGGCUUGUCUGUUUUUGGGUUUGUUUUGGUAGAACUUAUCUCUUGUACUACUUCCAUCCCCUUCACAACACGUCCAAAUACUGUAUGCUUGUUGUCGAGCCAAGGCUAUAAAAUAAUAAAAAUUAAUUAAAAUAUCA